GCCGAUGCCGCGCCUGGCCACUCGCAACACUCUCCACUGUUGCCCAGCCCCAACGGGUCGAUUAGCUAGCUAGCUACCAUGAAAAGCAAGGUCUGCAUCUCUCUUGUAAUCCUCGCGCUAGCUGUGCUCCCUGGCCUGGGCAUGAAGGCGGCCGCGCUCGCCGGCGGAACGGCUACCACCGAGGACGCGGCGGCGUCGCAGAUGAUGGCGAUAUCGCCAUCAUCGAUGAAGCUAGAAGACGGCGUGCCGCCAGAGCUUGCGGUGGUGGACUUGGAGGUGCACCGCCGCGUCCUCACGGGCACAAACAUCAGCCCGAAUAACGGCCUGAAUCCCUACAGGCCAGUCUGCAACCCCGCGUGCACACCCGGAAAGUCGUACAAUUUCCAAGGCCGGCCGUGCGCCAAUAUUUACAUGUGCGUCGGUCACAGAUAAAUGGGAGGGCAUUAGGAAUGCUUCCUCCUUCCUGCCCGUCGUCAGUGCCUGGAUGCACACGCGUUCCAUCGAUCCAUGUUUUAUUUCCAUUUUCAUUUUGCAAUUUCUUUUAGUGUUGUCGUUGUGGUGGAACCCGUUCAACAGGGUGCAAGUUCUAGACUUGGCACUAGUGUUUGCAUUUUUCUAUAUUUAUUUUAUGUUUUACAACAAUGCUUGUUUAGUGGGAGAAGAUGUUCGUGUCGACUGCGAAGGCACAUGUGAUGACAUCGUUAAUCUCAAGAUAUUAUGCCGACUCAGUAUUCCGUAGGUGAGUUAAAUGCACAGAACCACCACUUCCGUGUGUCACGAUUAGUGAAAACCAUCAC